AGCUCACCACUCCCAGAUGUGCCAAGUGCCACAGAGCCCCUGAGCAUGGCCCAGAGGGAGAUCCAGCGACAGUCCACACUGCAGCUACUGCGCAAGGUCCUGCAGAUUCCUGAGAAUGAAUCAGAGCUGACUGAGGUCUUUGCCUUGAUUCAUGAACUCAACAGCUCUCGACUUAUCCUGUCCAACGUGAGUGAGGAGACAGUCACCAUUGAGCAAACCUCUUGGUCAAAUUAUUAUGAGUUUCCAUCUACACAGUGCCUUCUCUGUAACAGCCCAUUAUUGAAAGGGGGAAAAAACUCCCUGGCAGGGCCUCAAGAGUGCUGGCUACUGACAGCUAGCCGACUGCAGGUGGUGACUGCCCAGGUGAAGAUGUGUCUGAAUCCCCAUUGUUUGGCCUUGCACAAUUUCAUGGACAUCUAUACAGGUCUGUUUAAUGUGGGGAACAAGUUGCUAGUAAGCCUGGACUUACUUUUUGCAAUCAGAAACCAGAUCAAGCUGGGAGAGGACCCCAGAGUGUGUGCAGACAUUGUGUUAAAGUCUGUACAGGAGCAGACAGAGAAGACUUUGCCCUCAGAGGAGCUGGGCCAGCUGCAGGAACUUUUGUGCAAUGGCUAUUGGGCUUUUGAAUGCCUCACUGUUCGAGACUACAAUGAUAUGAUUUGUGGCAUCUGUGGUGUGGCCCCCAAAAUAGAAAUGGCUCAGCGAAAUGAAGAGAAUGUACUGGCACUCAAGAGUGUGGAG